AUGGACGACAAGGACGUUAUCAAAACCGAUCUGCUCAUCGUUGGAGCCGGUCCAGCAGGAGCUUCCCUGGCUUGUUUCCUUGCUGCUCAAGGCAUAACAGGAAUCAUCAUUGCAGCUGCGGCAGGAACGGCGGAAACACCACGCGCACACAUAACCAAUAGGGCGGGUUUAGAAUGCCUACGGGACAUCGGUCUUGAACAAGAAUGUCUCGACGUGGCCGGCCCCAGCCAUCACAUGGAGCACACGAGGUGGUGCCGCACUAUGGCUGGAGAGGAAUUUGCUCGUGUCUAUUCGUGGGGACAUGAUCCCAAGCACAAGGGCGAUUACGAAUCAGCUAGUCCUUGCAGCCACGUAGAUCUGCCACAGACCCUGUUAGAGCCAAUCCUCGUCAAGCGGGCGGUGCAUUGCGGCUGGACGUUGCGUUUCAAGACCAGAUUCGUGGGGAUGACGCGCCCCGCGCCGGAUGUCAUCAUCUCAGAAGUCUACGAUGAAGUCUUCAACAAAACUUACCGCAUCCAGUCACGCUUUGUCUUUGGGUGCGACGGGGCACGCAGCCAGGUCGUCCGCGAGUUGGGCAUACCGCUCGCCAGGAAGCCUGGGCAGGGGCUGGCACUCAAUGUGCUGGUCAAGGCCGACAUGUCUCACCUCGUGACCAACAGGACGGGAAACCUGCACUGGGUCGUGAGCCCCGAGGAAGUAGACGGGCCUCCGUGGGCCUGGGCCGCCCUCGUGCGCAUGGUUCGGCCGUGGACCGAGUGGAUGUUCAUCUUCCUGCCUGCGCCGGGUGCCGACCUCAAAGCGGACGCCAUGGACGCAACCGAAAGCGAGUACGUGGCCAGGGUAAAGAAGGUGAUUGGGGACGAUUCCGUCGAGGUUGAUAUCCUCGACGUCAGCAAGUGGUGGAUCAACGAAAUUGUAGCUGAGUACUAUUCCGACGGCAAUGUAUUCUGUCUCGGCGACGCAACCCAUCGACACCCGCCCUUCAACGGACUGGGAUCCAACACUUGCAUACAGGAUGCCUUCAACCUGGCGUGGAAGAUUGACCAUGUGAUGGCGGGCAAGGCGGGCACCCAGCUGCUCGAUUCAUUCAGCCGAGAGCGCCAGCCUGUUGGCGUUGAAGUCAUAACGCGAGCCAACCAGGGGCUGCGCGAUCAUGUCCCUUGGCAGAGGGCACUCGGAAUGCUGGAGCCCGAUGCGAAGACACGGCACCAGAUCCUGGCUGAAUUCGACGAGCCCGGCGAAAAUGGGCAGGCCCGGCGCCGAGGAUUCCAGCGUGCUAUCGAAAACACAUCUACCGAGUUCCACGGACUCGGCAUCGAGAUGAACCAACGCUACUUCUCCAAUGCCGUGUUCCAAGCCGACCAGGGCGCGCCGCCGCCGCCGCCAGAGGACGCGGUCCGGACCUACCAGAUGACAACGUUUCCGGGGCGUCGCCUGCCGCACGCGUGGCUCAACACGCGGUCGCCGGGCAAGCGACUCUCUAUCAUCGACCUGGCAGGGCACGGGCAGUUCUGCUUGCUGACGGGCCCAGGUGGGCACGGAUGGAAAGAUGCCGCGGCAGUCGUGUCCGAGAGUCUAGGCGCCGAGAUCAAGAGCUAUGCCGUCGGAUGGCACCAAGACUACGAGGACGUCUAUUUCGACUGGGCGCGGCGGCGCGAGGUCGACGAGGACGGCUGCGUACUUGUGCGGCCAGACCGCUUUGUCGCGUGGCGUUCCAAGGCCAUGGUUCCCGACCCUGUUUCCCGGCUCGAGGCUGUCAUGAAGAGCGUCUUGUCGUUAUAG